AUGUAUGUUUUGCUCGACAAGCCGCACACAGCCUUCCAGUGGCAGCCUUACCUGUACCCAUCUGACAAACAGGAAAAAGGCAAAGAUAUCAGCAGUUUGCCCACACCACGACGGCCGUGCACCACUGGUUCCCCAACUGUCGUUUCUCCUGAUUAUGACGCGAUUGCAGAGAUACACUUUGAUAUCGAAGACUUGGAUGAAAUUCAUAUGCACGAAGUGGACUCUAUAGAGGUACUUGUAGAAACUACGCUGCAGUACCAACAGCAGCAACAUUGCCUAGAGAAGCAGCUGGCCUUCCUUGACUUUGCUGCAGCAGCAGCAGUAGUAGGGGCAGCAGAUAUAGCUGCAGCAGGCACAAAUGCCUUUAUUGCUGCUCUGGAGGCCAAGGGAGAGAUACCCCCCUGCGCGCGCAGCAACACUUAA